GAAAUGCAAGUAACCAGGAAGUAAGUUCGUUUUGUAAUCUUGCAGACACGAUUUUUUAUAGAAGAACAAAUACAAACUUCUUAUCAGAAUGGAUAACGAUGUUCCCGUUCAGACAACAGACUGGAAGAACACUAAAGAGGCGGUGGCAAUGUUUCGACGACUUCUAAUUUGUUCUAAAUGCUCAAAUUUAAUGAAGGAACCUGUGUGUCUUGGGAUGUGUGAGCAUAUGCUUUGCAGGUCUUGCGCGGGCCCCCGGGCAGGAGACGGCUGCGCGGUGUGUCACAGCCCCGCAUGGGUGAAGGACAUCCAAAUCAACAGGCAGCUGAGCAGCAUCGUGCAGCUCUUCUGCGGCUUGGAGUCCCUGCUCAGUCCCAUAGAACAAACGGAUUCCUCUAUUGCUGAGAUACCGCCACGACCUGAGAGUCCUGUAUUAAAACACAAGAAGAACUUCAAGAUCUGGUUCAGCCCCCGCAGCCGCAAGGUACGCUGCAUGGUGGAGAAGCCUUCAGAGGUCACCGUGCCCGAGAGAAGGCCUUUUACAGAAGCAGCUACAGCACAGCCAGACUCUGUUACCGCUCGAGGUCAGGACCUGUCAGUUUUCAAUUUCACCUCGUCGUCUCAAGACUCGGGCUCUGGUUGCUCAGAAGGAUGCAAAAGUGGAAACUUGAACAAAAAAAAAAGGUCAACCAAGAAAAACACUGCCAGCAGGAAGGUGUCAGCGCAGGUAGCUCCAAGGACCACGAGAAAACAGGCCGGACAGACGAUGAAGAAGAGCAGGCUGGAGGCUAUAAACCAGCAGUGGGGACUCAGUGGGGGAAUAGAUGCCCGGAAGGAGAAGGAGCAGCCCUGUGCUGAAGGGGCAAGGAGGUCUAGUAAGAGGGUUUCCUUCUUAAGCCCUCCAGUCUUAUCUGAAGGGCCUCAGCCUGAAGCUCCAAAGCAGAAUACUGAGGAACAGAGUCCUGACAAGAGCACCAUGGGGCUGAGUCUCUCACAGAGCAGUGUCACUGUGCCCAGUGACCAAACUCUGCAUUGCCAGAACAUGCUAGACAAUGACAAACUGCCUGCAGAUGACCCGAGCCCAGCUGGCAAACCUGAAAAGCAGGACAACACAACUACCCAAAAACAUUCCUCAAAAAGAUCCAGAGAAGAAGAAAGAGUUACUCCUUUGGAGACCACCCCUAAAAGGCCCCGGGCUUCCCCUGGCAGGAGGAGAAAAUCACAGAUGUCUCCCGCCGUCCUAAACCUUCCAUCUUCAACCAGCCCCAGGUGUGAUAAGAGCACGAAGAAAUCACCAAGACGAGAGCCAGCAGACAGGCACUCUUUCUUAGCCGCUGUUGGUAAAAAGUCUCCUGGUGCGUCCUCUGGAAGGCCCACCUCAGGGAGCCCUGCAGUUAUGAAGAGGAACCACAAAGGAGAGACCCUGCUGCAUCUAGCUGCUAUAAAAGGAGAUGUAGAGGCUGUCAGAGAGCUGCUGGACCAGGAAUCUGACCCUAAUCGAAAGGAUAAUGCUGGGUGGACUCCUCUGCACGAAGCGUGUAACCUGGGUCACCUGGCAGUAGUGGAGGUGUUGCUCUCAAACGGAGCUCUGUUGAACACACCCGGCUAUGAAAACGACUCUCCACUCCAUGAUGCUGUGAGGAACGGACACCCAGCCAUCGUCAAACUUCUGCUGCACCACGGAGCCUCGCAGAACGUACUUAAUCUGCAUGGAAAGCGGCCUGCAGACUACGCAGUGAGUCAGGAAAUGCGGCAGAUUUUCCAGGAAGCCUCAGAAGGAGCCCAAAAUGCUAAUACAUCCCUCAGCCCCUCAGCGGGUCUCUCUUUGGUGAGUGACUGCUCGAGGAGGGAUGAAAUGGUGGUGUUCCUGGCCAGCAGGCUGUCACAGCCAGAGCAGCUUCAUCUGGCCAAACUGGGAGAGCAACUGGGCGGAAGGAUUGCUGACACAUUUUCUGGCUCAGUGAGCCAUGUGGUUGUGCCAGAGGGACACAUGCCCACCACCUUCUCCACCCUCCUGGGUCUACUUGCUGGCUGCUGGAUCGUUAAAUUCAGCUGGGUGGAGGCAUGUCUGCAGGCAGACAAGUGGAUCCCUGAAACGGAGCACGAAGCAGGAGAAGGCCCCCAGCGCAGUCGCAUCAACAGAUGCAGCUUGCUCCCUCGUCUCUUCGAUGGCUGUUUCUUCUUCCUCCUCGGCUCCUUUAAGGCACCUCCGAAAGAUGAGCUCAUCAAGCUGCUCAGAGAGGGAGGAGGUCAGCUCCUCAGCCGGCAGCCGAAGCCCGACAGCGAUGUGACCCAGACCCUGAGUGCUGCCGCCUACCACGCACUGCCGGGCUCCGACCAGGCCCUCUGCACCCAGUACAUCAUCUUUGAUCCCAAGGGGCCUCACAAGCCGGCAGUAGUGAGGAGAGGUAAGGUGUGGUCCGCUCCCUCCUCCUGGAUCAUAGACUGCAUCGCGGCUUUCCACCUCCUCCCCGUGCCGGACCCUCAAACUGUAAUCUGAACUACUCCUCUCUACAUUCAAUAAUCAUUUUACACUGAGAAAUCCUGUUGUCUAAAACAUCGUUAUGAUUUUAAUGUAACAAUUAAGUUGAAACAAUAAUGAGAUGAUAAUGUGGCUCUUAAAAUGUAUUAUUAAAGGAGUUAUCUGCA